UUAGGCGGCGGAGGGGAGGGAGCACAAACCCUACUGCAGAGUCCGAAGAGCUCCCUUUCCGCUCCCCCAGUAACGAGUUGCGCUGCGUUGCGCUCCAUUGAAUUUUGCAACCGGAGCUCUUGAAACGCGGUCACCAUGGUGAAUGUUCCUAAGACGAAGAAGUCCUUCUGCCCUGGAAAGGCAUGCAAGAAGCAUACCCUUCACAAGGUGACGCAGUACAAGAAGGGGAAGGACAGCUUGUACGCCCAAGGAAAGAGGCGUUAUGAUAGGAAGCAGUCGGGUUACGGAGGUCAGACCAAGCCCGUCUUUCACAAGAAGGCUAAGACCACAAAGAAGAUUGUGCUCAGGUUGCAGUGCCAGGCUUGCAAGCAUGUGACACAGCACCCUAUCAAGCGAUGCAAGCACUUUGAGAUUGGAGGAGACAAGAAGGGUAAGGGCACUCAGCUCUUCUAGGCAACUCGAUUGGAUUACCUCGCUUCUGAACUUUAGAGAGUAUGAACUAGAUUUCAGUGUGAACCAUAACUGUUGUAACUCAAAUAUGAGUUUUGAAUUUAAAUUUUCUUUGUCCCUCUGAAA